AUGUAUAAACUUUCACCUAUUGCUAUUGUUUGUUUUCUUUUACUUACUUGGAAUCCAAUGAUUGACGGUCUUGCUUGUUAUACAUGUUCCAGCUGUAAUGAUCCAUUCAAUCAAUAUUAUGUUCAAAUAGCAUUUAUAAAUAAUACUGGAAUAUUGUAUUGUUCAAAAAGAUCGGCAGCUUAUAAUACUUCUCGAAGUAUAGAAUCUACAUGCGCAGAAUAUGGUACAGUUGGUAAUGGUCAAUGGUGUUGUCAAACGAAUCUUUGUAAUAAAGCUAAAAGAAAUAUGUUAACAAAUACUUUUAGUUUUGGUAUAGGUCUCUUAAUGAUUAACUUAUAUUUCUUUUAA